AUGCUUUUGCUUUGACAUGACGUGAACCGGAAGUAUUUCUGUAACGCGUGCACGUAACUUACUGGAGGGAAGCAGCGUGCAGAAAGAAAGGAAAUAUUAAAUCAUUUUCUUUUGUUGCCACAACACCGCUGAUAAAAUGUGUCAGGUGACUGAAGAAUAUCAUCAGGACUUGGUGCCGGAGCUGCCGAGCGUGUCAAAGAAAUGUGUCAAAUGCAAGGAGGUGCUUGCUGUGGUGGUCAUCAGAGCAGGAGACAAAUACUGCAGGGACUGUUUCGACCAGUACUUCCGUCACAAAUUCAGGGCUAUGCUGGGAAAAAACAGGAUCAUUUUCCCUGGAGAAAAGGUGCUGCUUGCAGUAUCUGGAGGUCCUUCUUCCAGUUCAAUGCUCCACCAAGUCCAAGAGGGUUUGAGUCAGAGUGCUCACAAAAGGUUGAGAUUCUUGCCUGGGAUCAUCUAUGUUGAUGAGGGUGGUGCUUUGGGUCAGUCUGUGGAGGAGAGACGGCUAACGGUGGCAAAGAUAGAGGAUAUGUUUAAAGCCACGGGAUUCCCCUUUCACAUCCUGCCUCUGGAACAGGUUCUUGACAUCACCAGUUCAGUCGUGGUAUUGGGUCCGUCUUCACCACAACCAGCUAGCGCUUACAAAGCAGCUGUGGAUCACUUCAUCCGUAAUGAUGUCAGCAGCAAUGUAACAUCUGAGAAGGAGGUUGGGACAUCACAGCCGUAUGUUCUGGAGUCCAAAACACACUCCUUACGUCAGCUGAUGGACUCUGCUAAGACUCUGACAGCCAGAGAAGAUCUAAUGAGCUUGCUAAGACAACAUGUUCUGGUGCACACAGCGCGCUGUGAAGGAUACAGUAAAGUGAUGUUGGGAGACAGCUGCACCAGACUGGCUGUUAAACUUCUUAGUAGUAUAUCGCAGGGCAGAGGAGCACACCUCGCUCAAGACACGGGUUUCUCAGAUUGUCGCUAUGGUGACGUCAUAUCAGUGAGGCCAAUGAGGGACUACAAUGCUAAAGAAAUUGCCUACUAUAACCAUCUAUUUCAUGUGCCUUUCAUCUUUACACCAAACCUGCACACUAAGUCGAAAGAAAAGUCCAGUCUCCAGCAUUUGACAGAGAGCUUUGUCAAUAAACUGCAAGUAGAUUUUCCUUCUACUGUCAGCACCAUCUACAGAACAAGUGAAAAGCUGCAAACAGCGUGUAAGAAUUCAUCUUCUGUGGACCAUUGUGAAAGAUGUCUGCUCUGUAUGUGUUCUCUCGAUACUGCAUUUGAGGCAGCUUCAGCCUUCCAGGCCACGAUUCUGUCAGAUCACCUCUCUCAGAACAAAUCUGUUGGCUCUAACAGUUGCUUUCCAAGACAGAAUCCAGGUAGCUGCUGCAAAGACACAGGACAGUGCUGUGCAACAACCUUUGAAGACAGAAGCUGCUCUUCUGGUCAAAGACUUGCAGAUGCAACAGAUCUGAGGAGAUGGUUGUGUUACAGCUGUCAGUUGACUGUCAAAGAUAUGUCAUCUGUGGAAGUUCUUCCUCAAUGCAUCUUGUCGGAGGCUCAGAGGAGGCAAAGGAGGUCUCGCAUGAGAGAUGAGAUCAGUGAUUUCCUGCUGGAUGAUUAAGAUGAAAGUGUUCAGCUCAAGGAUCAUGGAACUUUCAUUUCAUGAUACAAGAACAAUAUUCCGGUUUGUGUGAGUCACAUAAUCCAUAUGCUGGCUCUGUGUGGAAAAGGAGGGUAUGUCAAGGUCAAAUAUCUCAUCCUGUAACUUUUCUUUCAUCAGCUUUUAUCAUCCAAACUUUUAAAAUGACAGUAGCAUUGUUUUAUGGACUGCUUGUAAUUAAAACUGCAGGUCAAUG